AUGAUAAUAGACACUAAUGGUGGUCGAAUUAUUACUGUUCUUACUCAUCAUAAUACUAUUAGAAAUUAUUUUCAAAGAUUAUAUGAUGAGUAUGCAGGAUCAGAGCGGCNGGUCUGCGUCAAGGAAUCCGUCACCGUCCCUGGAAAGCUUGGCGACUGCCCCUUCUCUCAAAGAGUUUUGUUGACCCUUGAGGAAAAGCAUGUACCUUAUGACAUGAAGCUAGUAGAUCUUUCAAAUAAACCAGAAUGGUUUUUAAAAAUCUCUCCUGAGGGCAGAGUUCCUCUGGCCAAACUAGAUGAAAAGUGGGUUGCUGAUUCAGAUGUUAUCACUCAAUCAGUUGAGGAGAAGUACCCUAAUCCACCAUUAGCAAUUCCUCAAGAGAAAGCUACAAUUGGUUCGAAAAUCUUUUCCACGUUCAUUAGUUACCUUAAAAGCAAAGACGCCAGUGACGGAACGGAGCAGGCUUUGCUGAGUGAGCUGAAAUUGUUUGAUGAUUAUAUUAAAGAAAAUGGUCCUUACAUCAACGGCGACAAGAUAUCUGCCGCGGAUCUGUCACUUGCUCCAAAGCUUUAUCAUAUGGAGAUUGCUCUAGGACACUACAAGAAUUGGACAGUUCCAGAAUCACUGCCAUAUGUGAAGAGUUACAUGAAGAAUGUUUUCUCCAUGGAUUCCUUUGUGAAAACUAAAGCACUGCAAGAGGAUGUGAUUGCUGGAUGGCGCCCCAAAGUUCUUUCUUGAAUUUCUCAAAUUUUGUAAGUCAAAAGUAUUUCCUUGUAUGACCUGAGUAUAUCACUGUUGUAAAUAAAAAGAUUUCACCAUUUUGGUGAAUUUCACCAUCUUGAUCUCCUUAAUGGUGUACGCUUCUUGCAUCUUUGAUAUUUCACUCAUAUUGACGAGUGCGGUAUAUAUAAAGAGGAUUCUAGUGUUAGUUU